CAAAGUCGGGGUUUACACCGGACAUUUUAAAAGUGUCGGACAACAACUAGAAGAUUUGCGCUAUGACGUAAAUAACCCCAAAAUAGUCUAAAACGGUAGAUUAUCCACUUUUUAUUGGCGGCCAUGUGGGUCGCCAGGCGGGUUCUGUCGUCUGUAGCACAAAGUCGUCAGUCAGGCUUGUUCCGACGCCCUCUGCAAGGCUGUCUUCUUGAGACGGAGCUGCGCUACCUCCAGUGCACAUGUUGCUGGACGAGCAGAAUCCCUGUCGCCGGGGUAGAAAGCCUAACCGCCGUCGUCUCUCCGCCGUCUCCUGGGUCCUGUGAGGAAGAGGAGCACGGAGCCGUCUUGGACUCCUGCUACACCACCGAGCAGCGAGACACCAUCUUGCAGCUGCUCAACACCGCCUCAGCGGAGGAGCUGGCCGGCGUCAAGCUCCUCAGAGGACGCAAGUGCAACAACAUAGUGGAGUACAGGAGCAAACACGGACCGUUUAGGACCUUAGAGAGUGUGGUGAACGUACCGCUCCUGAAGCACAAAAGCGCCGUCAUCGUGUUCGACUCCAUACUCAACCCGGUGAAGAAGGAGAAGAAAGUGCGGGCUCAGUUGGCAAAGUUCAUCAGGCCAGAGGUGGACAGGUCCUGGCUGGAGGGCGCCAACUCCAUCGUGUCACUAGUGUGUGCAACUAACAGAAUAGCCUGGGCACAUGUGGACAGAGGCAUGACUGUGCUCGACUGGCAGCACCAUGACUGUCCUAACUUCCUGAAGGGGGCGUACUUGGCUUCCGCCUACCUACAUGAUGUGUCAGCAGUGGUGUCCCUCUUACCUUCAGCUGAUUUCUACAUCAUCGAGAAACCAUCCAUCUCUGUCCAGAACACCGCUUUGUUCCCAGUCAUGGCCCACCUGAGGACAGUGGAGGCCAUGUUGUUCGCUCUCCUGGAGCCCAGAAACGUCCCGUCAGAUUGUAACAUUCCUCCCAGAGUCCUGAACAUGACGCGCACUGCCGCAGGACGCCACUUCGGACUGAUGGUGGGCGAGGCGCGGACCAGCGGGACUCAGGCGGUGCGGCGGUUGAUGACGGAAUCAGUGACGCAGAAAUUUCCGCGGGUAAACAUUCCGCCGGGUAUGCUGGUCAAGUACAGGGACUCGUUCCAGAUAAGCAACAUCAGGAAAGGAGAAAGGGGUGAAGAGCUCUGCGAUGCGCUUUUGCUGGCGGUCACUUUUUACGAGCUCCUCAGCAAUCUUCCAGUUAGCGUCCGCUGAUCUGGCAACACACACGAGAGACGAUCUUAUCACUUUGGAACGUUUCUACUUAACCUGGAAGAUGCAAACCACCGUUUGAACAAUCUUUCUUUGGUUUCUGAGGUCUACUAAGUACAAAGAGUAAUAACCAUCAGUACUUGAGCUGUUGAAAUAAAACUUUUUAUUUACAUUU